CAUCCCUGGUCACCGCCUAUAAUACAAUUGCAAUGCCAUCGAUUCCCAAAAAAACUACCCAUAGCAACAAAAAUGCAAAUUUAUCUUCUGUUGUAACUUCUUCUACUACUAUGUUUAACUAUCCUGCACUAUACCUCUGUAUCGUUCCAUAGCGAACGUGUUUUGUUUUUUUUUUCACCACCUUCAUGUCCUUUUAAGUCAAUAACAAUCCCACAUUGCGUUUUCAUCAAAGCAUCCACUUAUUUACAUGGCUCAGCAUGGUAUUCAUCCUGUUCACCUGGUUACUGUGGCUGCCCUGCAUUUUUGCUGCAGACACACUCCCACCCCUGAGCAACAGACCUCUUGAUGAGUACAUCCUCUCCUAUCUCCGUCUCUCCUAUUUGCUUGCUGCAAAGAGACAGAAAGCCAAUCUCCGAACGACCGAACCGAACGCAGUAGUAAUCUCUCCUCUUCCUCCUAGAAACGAUGAACGUGCGGCGCACGAGAUUUGUCUGCUUGCAUAAAAGGGAUACAAACCAGAAUAUUACAAAUGGAGAACAGUGUCUUUUAUUACUUUAUUUGGUUGAGGAUGGCUUGGAAUUGGGUUAAAGCUGGAUACUUGUUUUUUUUUUUAAUAAAGAUUUUCGUCUGGCUCACUCUGGCACAUUGGAAAACAGAUAUGAUACAGAUUCGCCAUUGUGCGUUCUAAAAAAAAUGGAUGUUAGAGUCAGUUGACCAACAUGUUGGCCAAUUAGGCUUCAGAUUCCAUGUACAUACCUCCUAAUGGCUUCUCCCAAUGUUGCCGAGAUAUCAAUGAUAUCAAUCUUUGGACAUAUCGACUAUAAGGAAGCAGGAUGAGUC